AUGGUUCUCCGGACGACGACCGAAAGCACACGGUUGAUUGCGUCCACGGACGACGCCGUCGGUGCUGGUCACUUGUCGGACGCGGUGGCCUACGUCAAACUCGCACUUGCGCUCGAGGAGGCCCACCCGACGGACCACAACCGGGUGCAGCGGUGCCACUUCCUUGUGUGUGCCGCUGAGCUCUCGGCGCGGACGUCGCACCUUGGCGACGCUGACUCGACGCUCGCACAUGCCAAAGGCGACGUCGAGCGCAUCGGGCACCUCGUCGAGCGAGCCGUGGCCAUCGCAUCGUGGCAUCUCGGUCCGACGCAUGUCUUCCUCGUCGACAUCUACAUGGCCGCGCGCGACGUGUGGUGCGACGCCUGCCUGGGCGUUCUCAAGGAGACGUUUGGCCGCAAAAGCGCGCUAUUCGUCGAGGAGCAACGCACGCAGGCGUGGCUCGUCGAUCAAGUCGGAGCACCCGACGAAGCUCCGAGUCUCUACGAAGAGUGCUUGCGCCUGGACGAGACGCCGGCGCUGAGCUCCUUGGUGACGAGCCCUGCUCUUGUCGACGCGGGCGCUGCAACCGACGUACACGACUGCGCUCCCGCGCUGUGCGUGGAAGCAUCGACCAACGUCGUCGCGUCGCUUCGGCUCCUCGGCGAGUGCGCGUCGGCUGUCGACGACACGUACCGGGCGAUCGAGUAUUUGACGGCCGCAUGGGCGUGGGUCAAGGACCACGCGACCGCCGAGGACGACACAGUGGAAGCGAUACAAGACAUUACGCGACGUCUCGUUGGUUUGCACCGAAGAGUUCUCUCGCUCGACGAUACGCAGGUCGUCGACGACGUUCGACGGCGAGCCAUCGAGGUCCCGGACGAUGAGAUGGCGUUUGUGGCCGGCCAGCUUUUUGUCCAUGUACCUGGAGAAUACUUCCAUAGUGUGCUCUAA